AUGGACACUUCUGUGGCUUGGGCUGUGUCCCCGAGUCGUUUGAAGGAUGCUUUUCUGAAUCUGAUGGACCACUUUGAUUUGAUGCUGUCUUCUCUUGCCAGUUCAGAGCGAUCGGCUUGCAGAGGAUCAGAAACGCCCUUUCUGCGCUCCUGCGGCUCAGGCCCUGCUGUGCACAGCACGGGAGAGACCAAGACGGCUGCGAUGGAGCCAGGAGCCCCGCGCCACCCUGGCCGGACGGUGCUCAGGCCCCUUGGGCUGGCUCUGCUGGCUCUGCUCAGCGCAGUGGACCCCAGCCAGGCCAGCGGCUUCACAGAGGACGGCCUCUCCUUGCUGAGCUACCAGCUGUGCAGCUACCGCGUGACCCGAAACGUGCAGAGGGUGGUGGCCGUCCAGGCACCCCAGGCGACCGACGCCCCCUGCGGCGGCUGGAUCCCGUGGCGGCGCUGCCCCAAGACCGUCUCCAGGACCCAGUACCGCGCAGUGGAGGUGCCCGAGACCAGGAACGUGACCCGCUGCUGCGGGGGCUUCGAGCAGCUCGGGCUCUACUGCGUCCUGCCCCUGAAUCAGUCCGGGGAGUUUGCAUCAAGGCCUGGGGUCUGCCCGAAGGAUGGGCUGGAAGUUUCCACCGAGCUGUGCACCACGGAUGCCGACUGCCCGGGACUUCAGAAGUGCUGCCCUGCGCCAGGGGGCCCCCGCUGUGUGGCCCCAGAGCCCCAAGCUCCAGAGAAGAACCUGACAAAUUUCUGGUACAAUGUGACCGUCCUGGUGAAAAUGGGCUUUCAGGAACUCAGUCAAGUGGACCCCGGUCUCCUGAACCACAUGAGACUUCUGGGCUCUCUGGUCAUGAGUGCCCUGCAACCACUGGACUCCGCGGUCCACCACCUGCACUCGGCCAGCGAGGACACCUCCAUCAUGGUGUCGCAGCUGCUGCUGGGCCUGCCACAGCCGCUGCCUGUGGCCAACGUCUCCGCCAUGUUGGACGACAUCGUGACGCGAACGUACGAAGUGAUCAACAUUCAGGUGCAAGAUGUGAAUGAAUGCUUACACGAUGAACUCAAUGCCUGCUCUGGAAGGGAACUUUGUCUAAACGUGGAGGGCUCCUACCAAUGCGUGUGUCACCCGGACUCCACGCCUUCGCCUCCCCCCCACCCGAACGGCACGUGUGAAGAUUGUCCUCCAAUCAGAAACUACAUGUUCUCCAGCGUCACCAGCAGCAGCUUUCGGGUGUCCUGGAGUCUAAAUUCCACCCAGAACCACACUUUCCACGUCCAGGUUUACAAGGGCGAUGAGUUACUCAGAAGCACCAGCACCACGGGGAGGGCUGUGGUGGUCACUGGACUGGAGGCUGCGGUGCUGUACGGGGUGAAGACCAGCUACCAGGCAUGUGGGGCCAACAUCACAGCUGCGCUGACCAUCAAGACCGAUGCCCGGGUAUUCGAAGUCACCAUACGGAUCACAAACCGCAACGUCACGGAGGAGCUACUCAUCCGCAGGAGCAUGGAGUUCCAGGGCUUUUCCAGACAGUUGCUUCAUGAGGUUGAAAAGUCUUUCCCACCGCCUGUUUCUGACUUGCACAGAAGAGGGAAGUUGCAGAUGCAGAUUGUGUCGCUCCAGGCUGGAAGCGUGGUUGUGAGACUCAGAAUUGCAAUACAAGACCCCGAGUUCCCCGUGGACGUGUCCACACUGGCUCCCAUGCUCCCGCGGCUAUUGGCAAGCGCAGUGUUCCAGAUUGACCAGCAGGGGACGCUGGUGCGAGAUUGGGACGAGUGUGCGGACAGCCAGGAGAACGACUGCUCGCCGGCCGCCCGCUGCGUCAACCUGGAAGGCUCCUACACCUGCGAGUGCCGCACAGCCCGGGACGCCAACCCCUCCCGGGCAGGCCGGGCCUGUGAGGGUGAAAUGGUGAGCCCCAUGGGAGGCACGCUGUCUCCCACGACAGGGGUAAUGGCCCCAGCUCUCGGGAGUGGAGCCACACCUUAUGAUACAGCGGAAACUGCAGGCAGCUCCACCCCGGGCCCAGAGAACUCCGCCAUGUCUCACAGCCCCAGGCACCUGCGGAGCACCCCGGAAGCAGGCCAGGCCCAGACACUUGGACCCCCACCCAGAAGACAGGGUGACAGAGACGUGGUUGGAUAUGACCGGAACAGCACGGGGGUAGGGGUGGAGGAGGAGGUGUCCAGCCUGGCCCCAGGCCUGGUGACGGGCCAGAGGAGGACCGGUGGUCUGGCCAGCACCGUCUCCCCCUCCAGGUCACCCGGGCCAACCCACGGCCCCCUCCUGGGGGCUGCAGACGGCCUGCUGGACCCCUUUGGACAGCUCCUGCAAAACGCGACCACUGAGCUGCCCUCCCGGCCCACCCCUACCGAGAUCCCCACGGGCCAUGUCCUGUGGCACCCUAGCGUCCCCACACAGGGAGCACCUCCUGCACCUCUGAACGCUACGCUGCCGUGGAACAUGGGCCCUGGACCCUCCAGCUUCCCAGGCCUGACAUCGGCCCCCAGCCCCGCUUCACUGAGGACGCCUGCCUGUGCUCCGGUCCCCAUCCAAAGGAUCAGGGUUUCCAAUGUGACCAGCACUGGCUUUCAUGUGGCGUGGGCAGCAGAUCUCUCCCUGCACCCCACUUUCCAGCUCACCCUGAUCUCUACGGGAAACCUCAUCCAGGGCCUGGAGACUCAGAACACAAGCUUGGCACUGUCGGGGCUGGAGCCUGGCGUACUGCACGUGGUUGAGAUCGUGGCCAAAGCCUGUGGAGAAGAAAGUGCCACGGUCCGCCUGAAAGUGAGGACAGCGGCCCAAAAGCUCAGUGGGAAAGUCCGAAUCGCCAAUGUCAGGUAUUCAGAAUCCUUUCGCAAUGCAAGCAGCAAGGAGUACCAGGAUUUCCUAGAACUCUUCUUUAGGAUGGUGCGGAAAUCCUUGCCCGCUGCCAUGCUUCACCACCUGGACACCGGUGGGAUUAGGCUGGAGAUCAGCAGCAUAACGGAGGGCAGCGUGGUGGUGGCCUUCCAUUUGCUGAUAGUCGCAGACGUGGAUGCCCGGGAAGUGUCUGCCGUCUUCCUCACCGCCUUCCAGAACACGUCGCUGCUGGAGGUCAUCAGAGACGACACCUUCAUAGAGGAUUAUGAUGAAUGUGAGCACAACGAGGAUGACUGUGCAGCGGGUGCAUCGUGUCACAACACGCUGGGGUCUUUCACUUGCAUCUGCCCAGGGGGGGUCCCUGACCCCGGCGUGGAGAACCCUGGACGAGGCUGUGAAGGUGACUCUCCCAGCCAUGCCACCUGGACCCCUGGAUCCCCGGUGACCCCAGACCCAGAGGGGCCUCCCACCCCAGCGGGAAUGGGGGCUACCCCGGCACCAGGCGCUUCUGCUGCCCCCCAGGGCCUGCCCCGGCGUUUGAGCCUGACCGGGGCGGUCAGCGUGCUGUGUGAGAUGGAGAAGGUGACCAUCGCCGUCCAGAAGCGCUUCCUGCAGCAGGAGUCCAUCCCCGAGCCCACUCUGUACCUGGGCGAGCCGGCCUGCAACGUCAGCAGCGCCAACGACACCCACGUGCUCCUGGCGGCCGGCUGGAGCGAGUGCGGGACCAUCGUGCAAAGCAACAUGACGGUCACAGUGGUGACGACCACGCUUCGGAAUGACCUGUCCCCGGAGGGCGUCAUCCACUACCUGAAGAUCCUCAGCCCCAUCCACUGCGCCUUCCGGAACGACCUCCUGACGUCGUCAGGGUACACCCCGGAGUGGGGGGUUUAUACCAUCAUUGAGGACCUCCAUGGAGCUGGAAUUUUUCUCACGGAGAUGCAGUUAUUUAUUGGAGAGUCUCCCAUACCUCAAAAUUACAGUGUGUCUGCCAGUGAUGAUGUCAAGAUCGAAGUGGGGCUCUACCGACAGAAAAGCAACCUCAGGGUGGUCCUGACAGAGUGCUGGGCAACGCCGUCGAGCGACGCCACGGACCCGGUGAUGUUCGGGUUCAUCAACAACAGCUGCCCCAUCCCCAAUACCCACACCAAGGUGAUCGAGAACGGGAACUCCAAUAAGGCCCAGUUUAAGCUGAAAAUCUUCUCCUUCGUCAAUAACUCGAUCGUCUAUCUGCACUGCAAGCUCCGCAUCUGCCUGGAGUCCCCGGAAGCCACGUGCAAAAUAAACUGCAAUGAUUUCCGUUCACUGAGAAGUAAUGAAGCGUCUGGAACACACCAAACAUCCUGGGGACCCCUCAUUCGGUCAGAAGGGGACCCCCCAGGUGCAGGACCCAGCCUGGGGGUGGGCUACAGCAUCCUCAUCGGGGCGGCCGUCUUCGCCGUGCUGGUGGGGGUCGCCGGCCUUCUGACUGUGCAUUCCCAGAGGGUGAGCGGGAGAAACAGCUUCACAGGACAGCCGGACGACUUCACCUACCGGGCGUUCCGUCAGUAAGGGGCCUCGGGGGAACCAAAGGGCCGGUGCUUGGAGGAGCCCUGGAGAUGACAGAAACAGCAUCGGUUUGCCCCAGGAUGCCCGCUACCUGGCCCCAGCAGGUGGGUGCAACGUGGGCACGGUGCAGGGGCCCCGGAGUGCCCGACAUGACAGACCCAAGAUCUUCAGACCCAACAUGACCGCGGCACCCCCAUCUCUGGGCCGUCCCCUCCAGCCCAGGCCUCUGCAGCUUUAGCGUCGAUGGGGGUUCAGUGCAGCCCUCCCAGGCUGGCUCACGAUGGCCGUGCAUCACCCAGCACCCUCUGUCAGAUACAUUAUGGCUCACAUUUUCAAAGAUAUUUGACACUGCACUUGAAGUUCUUUUAAAACUAGGUCUUAUAAAUAUAUUGCUGGUGUUAUUUUAAGUAGUGUAUAUUCUCUUUAAAAGUUGGUGGGAAACUUCACAGCUGCAUUACUAGGAGGUUGUUUUUAUUUAGACAUCAAUGACUAAAAGGCACACCACUCAUAUGAAAAUCUUUAUAGUUAAUAAAAAUAAUAUAAUAUACUUACAGAGCCCUGAUAUUUUUCCAAGCAUUUCACAGCUAUUUUUUCAUUUAAUCCUGCCUCAGGGGAAUGUACUAUUUAGAAACUAGAGAAAGAGUGAGUGAGUUACUUGAGGUCAUAAAAUGAAUUCACAAGGAUAUGGGUCUAGAAUUGAAGUAUUUCAGCAUAGAAUUUCCCCCAUUUCUAGAAGAAAAUCCUUCUUCAUUUUAUUUAAAAAAAUUAGAAUAGUAUUAUAUAAGUGGCACCAGAAAUGGCUGUGUUUUUGUCAUGGAACUGAGAAUUGUAACAUGGUCCUAGUUUUUAAUUGUGAGAUUAAAUUUGCUGAAUGCAAUUAACUGUCAUUCCUACAGAACAUUUGGGAAAUGGGAAUGCUUUGAUUUACUGGACAUUCUCAGAGUGAAUAAAGAGUUACAGUCUGUAA